GAGAGGAGAGAGGAGAGGAGAGGAGGAGAGGGAAAGAGCGAGAACGAUAGACGAAUGAGUAUUUAUGAUUGCGAGUAUCGCAGGAUGGAUGGACAGACACUUAGAAAAUGAAGAAACUCGUUGUUUGAAACUAUUUGCUAGAGGGAGAAUAAAAACGGAAUCUUCAGAUGCGCAUCAAGUAGGGAUCUACGCCAGAUGAAGAAUUAACGUAUUUUCCAAUGUAAACUCAACAUUUCCGAAUGAGAACGGUUCGUAGGCGAUACACGCUGUUAAUGUGAAUGGACUCAGUGUCUCUUUCCUUUUGUUAGCGCUGUUUUCAUCAAAUUAGCGCAGCUCAUACUCCGCUGCACCCCCCUUGUCGGACGGCCAGCGGACAGCUAAGGACCCGGGUUCUAUCUAGAAGAGAGACCGCUCUCCUGUGGUCGAAAGCCGGACCUCUCACCUCUCAUUCCCCGCUCUAGGAGAGUAUCUCCUCGGUAUGAAAGCACCAUAAACAGCUAUUUUGUAGGGAACCCGUCUGGCAGGGAAGCAACAACAAAUCCCCGUUUUCAGACUGUGAUUUUGGGGGACGCGGGCUCGCGUUAGGGGGGAGGGGGACCUCGCGUAUCACAAUGGAAUUAGAGUUUGAGAACACGUCCCCAGUGCGUUAAGGAACGCAGCCUUAUUCCGUUACACUACUGUAUUUUUACCCUCUCAACUGAAGUCUUUUUUUCUUAUUUUUUAAACCACCAAAUCCGGGAUGCCGCAUUUCGUGGGUUGAAGGUGCCGAACGCGAGGAAAAGAAGGAGAGAGAGAGAAGAGAGGGAAGGACGGAGGAGAAAGAGAGAUUCGGAGAGCAUGGCUCUUGCAACGUUGUCUCUCUGUGUGCUAACUCUCACCUGGGCAAACUUGUACCAGGUGUGUGCCAACAGGCACGCGGUGCAUUGGAACAGCUCCAAUAUACAUCUGCGUAGGGAGGGCUACACGGUGCAGGUGAAUGUGAACGACUACCUGGACAUCUACUGUCCCCACUACAAUGACAGCCAGCGCGUGGUGGGCACCGGGGAGCAGUACAUCCUCUACAUGGUCAGCUACCGUGGUUACAGGACCUGUGACCCCCAGCUGGGCUUCAAGAGGUGGGAGUGUAACCGCCCACACGCACCAAUCAAAUUCUCAGAGAAGUUCCAGCGCUACAGCGCCUUCUCCCUGGGCUACGAGUUCCACGUGGGUCAGGAGUAUUACUACAUCUCUACACCCACUCAUCACCACGGUCGCAGCUGUCUCAGACUGAGAGUUUAUGUCUGCUGCUCCACAGUGUCUGAUGUUAAUGUAGAACCAGGACAUCCAGAAACAGACUACACACUCAGACCAGACAUCAAAAUCCAGGACAUCGAUUAUUUUAACCCUGAGAUUCCUAAACUGGAGAAGAGUGUCAGUGGAAGCAGCCCAUCCAGGGAUCGCCUACUCAUCACCAUAGCGACGCUCCUUCUCGCUGCCAUCACCAUCUCCUAGCAACGGCCAUCCCAUCAGUAUCACCAUGCCAACCAGCCAUGGGAGGGCUUGGGCAGGAGGGGUGAAGGAUGAGGAGGACUGAGGAUUUGGGGGAAAGGGGACAGGAGAUUAAGGGAACAUGGAAAAUAGGGAGUUAGAAGACCUUCUGAAUGACAUUGGUUGACAAGGUUUGUGAGUGUGUGUGUGUGUGUGUGUGUGUGUGUGUGUGUGUGUGUGUGUGUGUGUGUGUGUGUGUGUGUGUGUGUGUGUGUGUGAGCGGACUGGUGUUGUUGUGUGAAGUGAAGGAGUGAAGUUGGAAGGCUUCUUUGUGUGUGGUGUGUGUGCAUGUGUGUGUGUGUGCAUGCGUGUGUGUCUGUGCAUGCGUGCGCGUGUGUGUGUGCGUGCAUGUGUGUAUGCGUGCGCGUGUGUGCGUGUGUGCAUGUAUG